GUUGCACCAGGAUGCACCUCAGGUGGGUAUUUCCUAGUUUUCAGAGAUUUGAGCAUCACUUGGACUUGCCACUGAAUUUGUUGCUGUCCUGGAAUGACAGCAGGAACCCGAGGCAAACUUAACUUUGUACUAACCAAGCACUUUGUCAGCAAAUUUAGGUGCUAAUUUAUUCAUGGUUGGCAUACUAAUGUGUUUAUAGUCCUUCUGCGAGGCCUUCACUGGGAGCAGUGGCAGCUGGACUCUGAUGUUAAGGUUCACGGGUAGCCACCAGCUCAAGCUGUUGCCCAGGAAACAGGGAAAAUUAAAUAAAACUGAGUGGUGCACAGUCAAAAACUUUCACAACCACAAGGGAUGUAUCAAAAAAACCCUUUAAUUAGAGGGAGAUAAUAAGAACAGGAAAAGGGAAGGGAAGGAGAGAAAGGAAGGAAAAGGGGAAGGAGAAGAAAGGAGAAGCUUCAUGAUGAACACCUCUUUUUAGCAGAAAUGCUUCAAUACGAGAUACAUUUUCAAAUGCAAAUCAACUGUGUCCCAGGCUUCAGCCAUCAGGUUUUCAUGUGUAUCCAUUUGUAUUACAUGUGCUUCCGUGUGUAUAUGUAUCUUAAUCUGUGUGUUUAGUCAUGGGCCAGUAUUGGUAAAGAACAAAAAGAUGGUCUAUAAAGUAAAGGGUGUGUGUUUUAACCAUAAAGCACAACAUAUGCGUGCAGACAGAAUCCUGCAGGUGGACAAGAAAACUAUGAGUAAUUAUUACUCAAGAGGAUAGGCAGUUGCCUUGGUGCACCAGCAAUCUAACCCCAAUACAUUUUUUGGUAGGCUUUACAGGAAAAGAGAAUUUUGGGGAGGAAUCCGAAGGAGGAUAGCGAGAUGGCUGUGCCGGUGUUUAUGGGAAGCUCUUCCCACACACGAAGGGCAGCCUGGGAGAAAUGCAAAGCUAGUUAAUACAUGGACAUUGAAAGCUGGCAUUGUUGUCUGAUCAGACUUGCUUUUUAGAUCAAAUGAGAGAAAAUAGAUAAAAAUAUGCUAGAUAAUAAUAUAAUGAGAUGAGUGAGUUCUUGGGGCUGCAGGGGUUUUGAGCCUGAGGUCCUUAUACCUGGAGCGGUUUUGACUAAAGAAAUGUUGCUAAUACAACUACAGAAUAACAUGCUGCAAAUACAUCUAGAUGGAUGUUGGGUAUCUUGUGCUUAACUUGGUCACUUGUGUAGGUUUGAAAGGAUUUAUGUAGUACUUCACAUAAAUGCUAUAAUGUCUUGCUGAUUGCUGUGGACUUUUUUGAGAUACGUCAUGUAGAUAGCAAUACAGGUGUCUUUUAUGACAUGCAAAGGAUCUUGCCAAGGAGUCUUCCAUUUGUAUCGUUCCAUCCAUAGCCUUGGCUUCCACCCUUUGUAGUGUGUUUUUCCAUGAGAUAGAGUGUGUGAAGGCGGGUUUAUCUCUUAAGUUUUUUACUUCCCAGCACCUGUAAGGGUACUCAAACUGACUAUGAGAACUCCAGCACAAAAUCGAACGUUUUGGCAGGUGCUAUGUUACUUGCUCCUUAACACGUCUCAUCUAAUAAAACAAGUCUGUUAUGAAAAUUUUCUUUCAUAAUUAGGUAUGUUAUUUUAGAAUGGCAAUUCAUCAUGCUGUCUGAAAGAGUCAGCAUCUGUCCUACACUUACAGGGUCUCUGUCUGCCUUGCUUGUGACCAGGGAAUCUUACCAUCAACUUGAACUUUGGAUCAGGCCCUUAAGGAGUACCUGGGGAUUUAUUGAGGCCAAGAAGUUUAGAAAUAUCUGGUUACUUAUUCAUUAAGUGGGAUUUUGCACUGUGUGUUGGCAUGAAGCCAAAUAACUUUUUUUUAUUAUUUUUUUCCCUCCAUGUGUGUGUCACUGUACAAGUCAAAGGUCUUGCGACAGAGUUUCUACUCACAGAGGAAGAGACCUUUCCUGAUGGCUACUAGUGAUGGCGUUGGGACCAGCUGUUGCGGAGGAACACAGUCUGAUGCUGUACAGGUAACAUUGGAAGAUCUAUCAAAACAGUUAAAAUGGCAACAACCACCAGCACUGACGAUGAGGUACAGCCGACAAACGCGGAAAACGAUGCGUACCUUGGUGUAUACGUACAACGAAACCCUUUAUUUUCACACCCGAAGUUAAAAGGCAGAGCAGCGAUGUGAUCUGUCGCUGCUCCAGGAGGACCUGCAGGAGGAGAUCGACGGAUUUGGUGUGGAUGACUACAGCUCAGAGUCUGAUGUGAUUAUUAUACCUUCAGCCCUGGACUUUGUCUCACAAGAUGAGAUGUUGACGCCUUUGGGAAGACUGGACAAGUACGCUGCAAGUGAGAACAUAUUUAACAGGCAAAUGGUGGCUCGAAGUUUGCUGGACACUUUGAAGGAAGUCAGUGAUGAUGAGAGAGAUUGUAUUGCUGUGUUGGAGAGAAUCAGCAGAUUAGCUGAUGAUUCAGAGCCAACAGUGCGGGCAGAACUGAUGGAACAGGUGCCUCAUAUUGCUAUGUUCUGUCAAGAAAACAGACCUUCAAUCCCAUAUGCUUUUUCCAAAUACUUACUGCCUAUUGUGGUACGAUACCUCGCAGACCAGAAUAACCAGGUAAGAAAAACAAGUCAGGCAGCAUUGUUAGUUCUGUUGGAGCAAGAACUCAUAGAGAGAUACGAUGUGGAGACCAAAGUAUGCCCUGUUCUGAUAGAUCUGACAGCUCCAGACAGCAAUGAUGAUGUGAAGACAGAAGCCGUGGCUAUAAUGUGCAAAAUGGCCUCCAUGGUGGGAAAGGACAUCACGGAAAGACUUGUUCUUCCUAGGUUUUGCGAGAUGUGCUGUGACUGCAGAAUGUUUCAUGUUCGUAAGGUAUGUGCAGCCAAUUUUGGAGAUAUCUGCAGUGUGGUUGGGCAGCAAGCUACUGAAGAAAUGCUGCUGCCGAGGUUUUUCCAGCUCUGCUCUGAUAAUGUGUGGGGAGUUAGGAAAGCCUGUGCUGAAUGCUUCAUGGCAGUUUCUUGUGCAACGUCACAGGAAGUCCGGAGGACAAAAUUGUCAACCCUUUUUAUUAAUUUGAUUAGUGAUCCUUCACGAUGGGUCCGCCAAGCUGCUUUUCAGUCUCUGGGGCCUUUCAUAUCGACUUUUGCUAAUCCAUCCAGCAGUGGCCAGUACUUUAAAGAAGAAGAUGGUAAAAACCCAGAAGGUUGUGGUUCUGCACAGGAAAACAGUGAACAAGUCAGGACUACAGAAGAUGUCACAAGAGAGGAUGAGCUCAACAGGACAGAGGAUUUGUCUUCACGUGUCGAUAAUGACCAUUUUGCAACAAAACUUGAAAAUGCCUUGGAAGAUCAAAAUACAGUGUCAAAUAACUCCCAGAGGGAAAGUGAUUUCCAGACUGAGUCAUCCUUCCAUUGCACUUUGUCUUCAGAAUCUUGUGGGAAAAUGGCUGACGACAACAAGCGAAGUUCUCAUUGCUAUACAGCAGGUCUGCGGGAGGCUGGGCUGAAUUCACAGGAAACCUCUCUUUCAGAGCAGGAAUUGUACAACUCUUUCCAUUUCUGGAGGACUCCACUUCCUGAAAUAGAUAUUGACUUCGAGCUUCAGCAGACUUCUGAGAUAAUACUCGACAGAGAAUUUCAGGAACUCACUAUGCCAGUGUCUCCAAGCAUUCCUAUGGCAACAAGGAAAGAAUUGGAAGAAAUGAUAGAAAAUUUGGAACCUCAUAUAGACGAUCCAGAUGUUAAAGCACAAGUGGAGGUGUUGUCUGCUGCACUCAGAGCAUCCAGUUUGGAUCCUCAAGAAGAGACAAUGGCCAGUGUCAGCAAGGGAACAGAAUCACAGACAGAACUAACCAUCAAUGACCAACAAAAUUUUAAACCUAUACUGGGUGAUAUUGUGCCUUUAAUUGGUGACGCUGUUGAGAAUAUGGAUUCUACACUUCACUAUAUUCAUAAUGAUUCAGAUUUGAGCACCAACAGUAGUUUCAGCCCUGAAGAAGAAAGAAAAUCCAAAGUACAGGAUGUUGUACCUCAAGCCUUGCUGGAUCAGUAUUUAUCUAUGACUGAUCCAUCUCGUGCACAAACAGUUGAUACCGAGAUUGCCAAACACUGUGCCUACAGCCUGCCAGGUGUGGCACUUACAUUAGGCAGACAGAAUUGGCACUGUUUGAAAGACACCUAUGAGACACUGGCAUCUGACAUGCAGUGGAAGGUUCGGCGGACACUGGCAUUUUCUAUACAUGAACUUGCAGUUAUCCUUGGAGACCAGCUUACAGCUGGAGAUUUAGUUCCUGUCUUCAAUGGCUUUUUAAAAGAUCUAGACGAAGUCAGGAUAGGUGUGCUUAAACACUUGCAUGACUUUCUGAAGCUUCUUCAUCUUGACAAAAGACGAGAGUAUCUUUAUCAGCUUCAGGAAUUCCUAGUGACUGAUAACAGCAGGAACUGGCGUUUCCGUGCUGAGCUGGCUGAGCAACUGAUCUUGCUUCUAGAUCUGUACAGUGCCAGAGACAUUUAUGACUACUUGCGACCUAUUGCUUUCAGCCUCUGUGCAGACAAAGUGUCUUCUGUCCGUUGGAUUUCUUAUAAGCUGGUUAGUGAAAUGGUGAAAAAGCUCUACAUGGCUUCAACAUCAACUUUUGUGGUAGACCUCAUGAAUGAACUUGUUGAAAAGUUUUGCAGAUGCCGCAAAUGGUCUGGUCGACAAACUUUUGUCUUUAUUUGCCAGACUAUCAGUGAAGAUGACUGCCUGCCCAUGGACCAGUUUGCUGUGCAUCUGUUGCCACACUUGUUACACUUGGCAUCUGACAGGGUUCCAAAUGUUCGAGUCCUGCUUGCAAAAACGUUAAAGCAAACCCUUUUAGAGAAAGAGUAUUUUCUAAAUUCUGCCAACUCACAUCAAGAGGCUGUGGAACAAACAAUUAUGGUGCUUCAAAUGGAUGAUGACAGUGAUGUCAAAUAUUUUGCAAGCAUACACCCUGCCAGUACCAAAAUUGCAGAUGAUGCCAUGAGCACUGCUUCAUCAACUUAUUAAAAAGUUCUGAAUGUUGCUAUAAUUAAAAAAAAUUUAAACAAACUGUCCUCAAAUGCUUCUAAAAUGGUUGAUCUAGGACAACCUCUUUGGAAGGAGAGAUUUCUUGUCAGAUUUAACAGGUGGAUGUUAUGUAAACCUGAUACCAAGGAUUUUAAGUCAAGAAAAAUAAACAUACCUGUGUCAGCUUGACUUUAGAAAAACACUGCUCAGAGGAUUAUUUUUGCCACCGAAGCCUUAAAUCUUCUGUCUUCCUGGACAAAUGAAACUUGAAUUGGCAGAUCAUUUUCAUUGUAGAAAGGAUGUGAUUUCCAGAGACCUGCAUUGUUUCUCCUGAGGAGUUAACUUAGCAAGUAUUUUCUGUAGCAACUGAUAGAUGAAAUGGCCAGAAAGGCAAAUUUAUACCGGGAUGUAAGACCUCCAGUAUUAGCGAUAAAAGUUUUUAUCAUUCAAGGACUUGAUUUGUGUGCAGCUGGGCACACCCUUAAGUGGGAAUAGCCUUGAUGUUUGUAAAUGGGGAAAAGUAGAAAUUUGGAUUUCUCUUAAGGGCUCAGUGCUAACACUAAACUAGAAUUUGAUUUUAAUCCUUAAAUGCAGCAUAUUGCUGUACCCAUUAGCAAGAAAACUUUGCUGAGUACCUGUGUCCUAAUUAUUUUCAUGCUGGUCAUGACCUAAAGGAAAUUUAUUAGCACAUGUACUUUAAGUCAGGUAUUUUUAACUUGAUCAUGAUCGGCUCUGAGGUGCAACUUUUUUUCUUCAUAUACUGUACAUAUCUGUGAGCCUCCUUGGAGUGCUGCAGUCUUUAAUCAUGUUGUUUAAAGCUGUUGUCAUACAAGUUGUUCUCUACUUGUCCAAAUAAAAUUUAUUAAUAAGAUUGAAAGCAAUCCUGUGACCUUUUUAAGACAUUAAAAGAAUAAGUUUGAAAUUUAA